AGCAUAGCUAGCAGCCGCGAUGCCAUCGGACACACCGCCACCAUCCGCAUCGGUGUCCCAUCCGUCACCAGCUUCGAGCCACGACCCGAACGAUUCCACGCACCGGGACCCGAACUCGAACGUGUCCAGACAGGAGCCGGACCGAUCGUCCACCGGCACGCCCGGACCCUCGCAGGACCCGGCUAGCCACCUUCAUCCGCCGCACAAUUCGUCGAGUUCCUCCUCGUCCAGCUCAUCGUCAUCGUCGUCCAGCACGUCGUCCUCGCUCUCAUCACUCUCGCUCAAGCGUACCCUUGUCCCGGAGGAACAUACCACGAAAGCUUCACCUCCACCUUCACCCCUAACGAUGGAUCAUCAUCUGCAGGCGGCCGCACACAAGGCAGCACGUGCAUCGGCACCAAGUCCUGGAGCGCAGCGCAACGCACCGCAACAAUCGACCGCUGGCAGCACUGCUGGUGGAGCUGCCUCCGGAAGCGGCGGUGGACAACAGUUCUGUCUGCGCUGGAACAACUACCAAACGAACCUGACGAGCGUGUUCGAUCAGCUGCUUCAGAGCGAAUCGUUCGUGGACGUGACGCUUGCCUGCGAUGGACAGUCGAUGAAGGCACACAAGAUGGUACUGUCCGCGUGCAGUCCCUACUUCCAAACGCUGUUCUUCGACAACCCGUGUCAGCAUCCGAUCGUGAUUAUGCGCGACGUAAGCUGGGCCGAGCUGAAGGCGAUCGUGGAGUUCAUGUACAAGGGCGAGAUCAACGUGAGCCAGGAUCAGAUUGGACCACUGUUGAAGGUGGCCGAGAUGUUGAAGAUACGUGGGUUGGCCGAUGUGAGCGGUGAUGCUAGCGAGACGAGUGGUGGUCGGGAUCGAUCCGACCGUGAAGGUGCAGGAAGCCGUGGUCCGGAGGAUAUGGAACGCGAAGAGCACAAACUGCUGAAUCCGCUUGCGAUCGUGCAUAGUUCGCUGCUAGCCAAUGGGGCUGGAGUUGGACCCGGUGGCAGCGGCAGAGAGUCAGGUGGAGCAGCUACAAAUACUUCCGGACCCGGAGGAAAUGGCUCUGGAAGCUCCGGAUCGGGUGGCAACAGCACGGCUACGAGUGGUAGUGCGGCAGCUGCAGCAGCCGCCGCAGCAAAGAAACAGCGAUCGGCUCGUGAUCGCGACACGACCAAAGACCACCGGAUGGACGCACGCAUGAGCGAUUUCGCACGCGACCUGUCCCGUGACCCGCAUAUAUCGUCGCGUGACAUUAGCAGUGUGGCGGCAGCGGCCGCAGCUGCAGCGGCGGCCGCUGGGCUGGCGGCGGGUGAAUGGCCACUCGGUGCGGCUGGGCUGGAAGCUGCGGCGGCGGCCGCAGUGCAAGCCUCCACACCGAAGAGUGCCCGCAAGCGGCGGUGGCCCUCGGGCGAGCGUAGUAGCAUGGGCAGUCCGGCCGACAGUACGCCCGAUCAGCUCGAGGUGCCGUCCCCGAUUCCGCCCACACCGUCCAGCAUUGCGCAGUCGGGCGGUGGUGCGACGAGCAAUCCGCUUGCGUCGUUCCCGUUGCCACCGGCGCUCGAUUCGGCCGCCAUGGCUAUGUCGUCGUUGUCAUCGUCGAUCGCCAACCAUCCGGACGAUAUGGAGAUAAAGCCGGGCAUAGCUGAGAUGAUUCGCGAGGAAGAAAGGGCUAAAUUGUUAGAAAACUCCCAAGCCUGGCUAGGUGCAUCAACGUCAUCAAUUGCUGCAGAAAGUUACCAAUAUCAGCUCCAAUCCAUGUGGCAGAAGUGCUGGAACAGCCAGAAUCUGAUCCACCAUCUGCGCUUUCGCGAGCGCGGUCCACUAAAAUCCUGGCGCCCGGAAACGAUGGCCGAAGCGAUCUUUAGCGUGCUGAAGGAAGGGCUAUCGCUGUCGCAGGCGGCCCGAAAGUAUGACAUCCCGUACCCGACGUUCGUGCUGUACGCGAACCGUGUCCACAACAUGCUGGGACCGUCGAUCGACGGUGGUACCGAUCUGAGGCCGAAGGGCCGCGGACGGCCCCAGCGCAUUCUGCUGGGCAUAUGGCCCGACGAACACAUCAAGGGUGUCAUCAAGAGUGUCGUCUUUCGCGAUGCCAAAGAGAUGAAGGAGGAGCCCAUGAUGUACGGAAGACACUCUCCUUUUCCCUUUCAAGACAACCCCCUGAGCUACGCACCGAACGCACCGAACGGUCAGCUGCCAGCUGCCACCGGCACAGUACCGGACGGCAUGUCCCAGGACGCCCUGACAGCCGCCACCGUAGCAGCCGUCCGUCAGCAGAUGUGUAACAUGGUAGCGGCCGCCCAGCACCAUCCGGACGCCGCCAAUCUCGUAGCGGCCGGAUUCAACCUACCAUCUCACUGUGGAACUCCACCGAACCUUAGCAUCCAUCCGGCGAAUGCGGCAGCUGCGGCCGCCGCUGCUGCUGCGGCUGCUGCCGCCGCUUCCAACACGGGCAGUGGCCCGAACGCUGGCGGUGGAUCAAGCGGUGCCAUUCCGUUGCCGAAGAUGGGCUCUCCAGCCGUUCCCUCGACCGGGCACGGCAAUAACAAUGGUGGGUCGGGAGGCAUCCAGAUGCCCCGGCUAGGCUCUCCGGCCGGGUCGAGCGGUUUAGCGAAAGACCACGAACUACAGCAUCACGGUGGGGGUGGUCUGGGAGGUGGGGCAGCUGGUGGUGGUGCAGGGGGUAUGUCGCGCGCCACUCCGCCCGGUGCCCGUGACCGAGCAUUGACGGCACGCUCUAACCUUUCCGCCAACGAGUCGGGUCGUAGCAGUUCGGCGGGUGGUAACGUGCACCGGUCCUCACCUUCCAGCAGUACUGCUUCGUCCAUGAACCACCAUCACCAUCAGUCACAUCUUUCGCAUCACCACCACCAACAGCAGCAGCAUCACCAAUCCCACCACGGACAUGCUCACCAUCUUCCACACCACAAUCCACUGUCCCAUCUGGUGAGUUCGGGCGGAACCGGCGGUCUCAGCAUAACGAAGCUCGGCUCACCAGGUUCGGCGCACGAUCUGCGCAUCAGCAACAGCCCGGACGAGAGUCCACUCGCUUCACCGAUCGGGAUGGUACUGGAGCCAGCCGUUAACCUAGCGCUCGGCGCAGGUUCGCAACCUUCGGACGACGUCCGGAUGCACGUUCCACCACCGUACGGCAGCAAGCCACCGUCCCGGGGCGGUGCUGCCAGCUACUCAAGCAAUUCGUCCCCACCGCGACCGGAGCACCUGUUUCAAGAUCAGGACAUUGCGGCCCUGGUCGCCACUUCCCGCGCCUGCCCACCGGCCCGUGUUCCCGACUACAAGGACAGCCCGGUAAGGCCACCGGCCUCAAUCAAGGUGGAACCGCUGACGGAGUGUCGGGGCGAUUAA